CCAUAUCAUCAAACUUUUAAAAUUUAAACGGUCGAGAUCACUUACAACUCUUCCUUCCUUGUCAAAGCAACUCCCACUCUCUCUCUCUCUUCCUUCUCUCUCUAGACCCGGGACUCCGUAAUAUUUUUAUGUUUUUGUUUGCUGAAGGCGGAAGUUUUUGCCUUAUUCUCUCUCAGUCUCAGAUAGCUCGGGAUUUUGGUUGAAGGAUUUGUUGGUUGGUCUUUUUUUUUCUUUGUCAGGUGGACUUUUUUGUGUGCUUUUUUUUAGUGAUUGUGGUGGGGCUGAGAUGGAGAGAGAUUUCUUGGGCUUGAACUCCAAGGAGCCGGUGGUUGUGGUGAAGGAGGAGACCAAGAACGAUGGCGGCAAAGACCCAGGGUUUGGAAGAGGUGGAGGUGCACAUUCGUCGUUUCAAAACAAGGUCUCUGCAGUUCCUCAUUUUAUGUCCUUCAAAGCUGCUCAAGAUGAUAGGACUAAAAAGAUGGUACCUGAUUCAUUCUUGUUUUCCGUCUCCACGGAUGCAUUUGGCGCUUGUAAAAAACAAACUACAUAUGAAGCGCAGAAUUACUUCAAUCACGAUAGGCAAGGUGGGACUCAAUUUUCCCUGACAGCUUAUCAUACGCAACACGAUGUGCAUCCUGUGCACCGUCCUCAUGAUGCGAAGAUGAUUUCAGUUACCAGUCAAGGGAUUUCUGUUCCAAUGAGUGACCCUUACUUGAAGAAUCACUUUGCGACUACUGGUCAGAAUUUUUCCACCGCCACCAUGAAGCACCAAAUAUUUGGAGGAAUUCCUGUUACGGCUCCACUUUCAGCUCUUCCCGUUGGAGGUGGUUCCAUUGCUGGGAUCACUGAACCGUGGAACAAUGUUAAGAACUCUGGGUCUCCUUCGCAAUUGACAAUCUUUUAUGCUGGUACUGUGAAUGUCUAUGAUGAUAUCUCCCCUGAGAAGGCUCAGGCAAUGAUGCUUUUAGCCGGAAACAGUUGUUCUAACUCCUCUAAUGCUGCACAACCCAAAUCUCAAGUGCCUAGUGCGAAGUUGGCAGCGGAAGACGGUGUUCCUGUGAAUCAGGCUACAAAUAUACAUCCACCUGCUCUUUCUAGCCCCUUAUCUGUCUCUUCACAUACUGGCGCCCAGUCAGCAAGUGGGUCCACAAGCACUGAUGAACUAAUGGCAGCUAGAACUUCCAGACGUCCAACCAGUCCUGUUAACAAAAUGGAGGCUCCAAAAACAGCAAAUGCAGCUGGAUCUGUUGCCGCAACUUCUAUGAUUCCUUCUGGUAUCAACAUUUGCCUUUUUCUUUUCUUAAUUGGACAAUGUUUGCAAUCUAAACUGGCAUCUGCUUUCCUGUACAGCUGUUCCACAGGCUCGCAAAGCAUCCUUGGUUCGGUUUUUGGAGAAGCGCAAGGAAAGGGUGAUGAGUGCAGCACCAUACAACUUCGACAAGAAAUCACCAGAACACGGCACUCCAGAAUCCGGCGGAGUGAGUUUUGGCCAACAAGGAGAACAACGAUGAUGUUCGGUGCUAAAGCAGAAGGGAUAAUUAUUUCAAAAUUUGUGUAGUAUAAGUGAAAUAUGUGAAGCACAUUGUCAUUGUUGGUAGAAAAUAACAGUUAUCCCGGCUGUUUUAGAAUUUAAGUUUAGUCUCAAAAGUGUUGUUGUAGGGUUUUGGCCCCUUAUUAUUUUGAAUGCUAGUCGGAUCCUUUUACCCGAAUCCGACUGUAUAAUGUUGAACGGACAACUUUGUGUAAUAAUAUUACAUUUUAUAUACAAAUUUUUAUCUGCA